AACAAGAUGAAGAAUGAUAGAAAACAAUUAACGCAGGAAAGGGUAGUAAUAGAAUUAGGUUGUCCAUGCCUGCCUACACUGGAAAUGAGAACAUAAAUUACAGAACGUUUUGCCAACAUUAGCCGUAAUCACAAUUCAGCAAUCUUCACACUCUGAAACUCUUCCCUUCCCCACCACUAGGCAAAGGCUGCAAUUUAUUUUGAAAUUUAAACUGCAGAGCAGUGCAAGUGUAAUAAUACAAGUUUCUGACAAAAUGACAUUUUAAAUAAAGCAGGGUGAAAGGGGAUCUAAUCUAGGCACACUUGAACUUUCUUCUACCUCCCACCUACUCUUAACUCGGAUCUGUUCCCAUAACUGGUACUGGCAACAACCUUGUUUGUAAACUGGAUUCUCACAGGUAUAAAGUUUAACUAAAGUGCAAAUACUCUGAGCCCCAUAAGUCAAUAGUCCAGGCUAUGUGACAGGACACAAAACCUUUCUGCAUUGCAUAUUUCCAGUGUUGCCCAAGAUGGCAUUUUAUACUUUAGCUUUUACUUAUUUUAUGUGUACUUUUACAAUUGGAGCAGUUGCAUCUUCCCCAACAAGAGAUCAGGUUUUGUCUAUUGAGCCCAAGUCAGAUGAAGAGAUUCAAGUUAUCAAAAAAAUAUCCAACCAAUACAAGGUAGUUCUGUGGCAACCCAGCUCAAUUGAUGCUAUUGGAAUCAACAAAAAAAUCCACCUUUAUAUCAAUGCAACUAAUAUCGAAGAGGUGAAAACUCAGCUGUCUACAGGAAACAUUACACACAGCACAAUGAUCGGGGAUGUUCAGCAGCUCAUAAAAAUGCAAAAAAAUACUAAUCAGGUAUUUCAUCCCCGUGGCUUCGCUUCUUACUAUGAACAAUAUCAUACAUUGCAAGAGAUUUAUUUAUGGAUGUCACAAAUUACCAGUGCAUAUCCACCCUACAUUAGAAAAAUACUUAUCGGGCCAUCAGCUGAGAAGCGUCUAAUUUAUGUCUUAAAGAUUUUCAAAGGUGUUGACCAACCAAAGGGUGCAUUGUGGAUCGACUGUGGCAUUCAUGCGCGGGAAUGGAUAUCGCCCGCAUUCUGUCAGUGGCUUGUGCAACAUCUUAUAGACACAGAGGACAAGAUGAUCACCGACAUUCUAAAUUCAUUUGAAAUAUACAUCCUCCCUGUGUGGAAUGUUGAUGGCUACGAUUACACCUGGACAACGAAUCGUUUUUGGAGGAAGAACCUUUCCAAGCAUAAAAUGGGACAAUGCAUAGGUACUGACCUAAACCGCAACUGGGAUGCAGGCUGGGGUGGUCAUGGUGCAUCAAACAACCCAUGCAGUGAAACAUAUGGUGGACAAUACCCAGAGUCUGAACCAGAGGUGAAAGCUGUUGCUGCUUUCAUUAGACAGAGAUCUGAUCACAUCAAGUGCUAUAUCUCAAUACAUUCAUACUCUCAAAUGAUUUUGUUUCCAUAUUCCUACAAAAUGUCCAGAUCAAAGGAUCAUAAUGAAUUGAAUCAAUUGGCAAAGAAGGCGGCCGCUGCUCUGAGGUCGGUGUAUGGGACCAGGUACACAUAUGGGAACUCAGCAAGCACAAUCUAUUUAUCCAGUGGCUGUUCGGAUGACUGGGCUUAUGACUUGGGCAUUAAAUAUUCAUUUACUUUUGAACUUCGUGAUACUGGGAAAUAUGGUUUUUUACUCCCACCUUACCUAAUUAAACCAACGUGUAUUGAGGCCGGAAUUGCUUUGAGCAAAAUCCUACAUCACGCCGUUCAAGACAUUUGAAUAAAGUUAAUAUUUGCUCAUGACCAUCAACAGAAAUAUUUGAUUGCAACUGUUCCCUGGUCUUUUUAUGUACAUGGCCUUUUACGUAAUUUUGUUAGUUCACAUUUCACGCUGGAGAAGUGUUGAUCGUCAAAGAUAUUUGAAUUAUCCUUUUUUUUAAUGUAACAACGAUGUAAACUUAGUGCUUAAAAUUUGAUUAACCGACUUAGAACUAAAAGUGCACAUUUAGUGGUUAAUGUUAUAUAUGCAUAUACACAUAUAUACAUACAUAUACACAUACAUACAUGGAAAAACUGAGUUGUGUCCUAUACACGAAAGGCCUGUAUAUUUUUCAUUAUUAGUGAUCUUGGCUACAAAUUAUUUUAUUCAUUCAGAGCAAAUUUGGUUGUGACUAUAUUUUCAUCGAGCAAUUCAAUAGUCAGUUUAACUGGCAGCCUUCCUUUACAAAUCUUUGAACAGAGAAGAUCUCAGAGGCGCAAACCUUAGCUUCUUCUCCCACAUAAACUGAAAGGAAAGUGCAUUUACAUUUAAUUGACUGCAUUAGGUUCACCGGACUUUGCCUUAAGGAGGACUGAGCAGGCUCAGAUUAUGGCUUAGUUUUAUCCAGUCAUAUGUCCAACAAAAGGGAAGUGCCAGUUACUCACUGAGACAACUUUGCAUGCCUCUAUUUUUUCUCUAACAGGAGCAAAAGUUCAAGCAGGUUCUUCAUGAGUGAAACAUGUGAAUCUGACAUUGUAGUGACAGAUUUUUAUACCGUUUCAAGGAUUUAGUCCUUUAGUCACUUGAAUUGAAGACAGGGGAUCAGAAGAUAAUCGAUACACACCCACGUGCUCUCCACGAGACAUUCAAUGCCGUCGAAAGAUGAAUCUUCCAACAGUCUCUUGGUUAAUAAUUGCUUUAUUUUAGUAGUAAAAACAGUAAGAUAUUCAUUCAAAUGUCUUCUUGUAUAAGUACAUUUCAAUUCAAUUGUGGUCAUGCUCAUGCAUGGUCGAAAGCUAUGACCUCUCUCUCAUUCGUCUUCAAACUAAACUAACUACUAGGGAGUCUGCGCCAGAAUCCUAGCCACAAACCACGCCCCAGACUACGUAUAAAUCCCACCCACAUAAUUACUGGCAGAUAAAAUUUAAAGAUCACUAAUUAUAGUUAUAACAUACUGAGUUAAGCUAAAUGGCUACUACAGACAUAGUGAUUCUCAAAUGUGCAAAAAUCUAAAAAUAUAUACAGAUAGAAUGUAUGCUUGUCCUGUGCGGGCCAAUCACCUCCAUCACCCCACACAAGGAAAAUAAUGGAAUUAUGGAGGGGGCGAGAGGUGGGCGUUGG